AUGUCUCAAAUCAUCAGCCUUGCCGCCAGCCUGCUGCUCCUUUUGGCGCCCACAUGGGCAGGAAUCAUCGCCCAGCCUAUCAGCUAUCUGGGAACUGGAGACGAGCACGCGGUGGCCCACACCCAGCAGAACGUGGUGCGCAGCUUCGACGGCACCGUCUCCCACUACGCCAAGUCGGUGGCCACACCUUAUUCACAGGUGCACAAACAGGACACCAGGAUCAGCAAUAAUGUCUACCAGCCGACGGUGGCUAAGACCUUCUCCUAUGCUCCAGCUCCUGCCCCAGUUGCGGUUCACGCCGAACCUUCGAAUCUCUUCACCCAAGCGACUCCAGUGGCUCCUGUUUACCAACAGUCUGCUCAUUACCAGGCUCCUGAUGUUUACCACCAGCCAGCUCAUGUCCAGGCUCCGGCUGUGUACCACCACCCUGCCCAUGUGGAGGCUCCUUCGGUUUACCAUCAACCCGCCCACAUUCCCAGCACCGUGGUCGCUCACCAGCCUGCUGUGAUCCACUACUCCCCCGCCGAGACCGUAUCGCACAUGAGCUUCGAUGGAUUCGGCACUCACUAUGGUUUCUAAUUGUUCUUUAAGUAAUAAGCUUUUAAAUAAAUGUUUUA